GAACCAUCCCCAACAAUCGAAAUGCCGAUUCCCAGGCUCAGUUUAUAUAAGAUCGUGUUCGGCGCGUAUACGAUCUUGUUGUGGUCGUAGGGAAAGUAGUACAUAUGUAUUUGCCAUUUGUACGUAAAUUUGUUAUAAAGUUGUAAAAAUUAUGAUAUCGUGUUAACUCACAGCCUGUAAUAGGUUAUACUCAGUUUCAUAGGCAAUCAAUAUCUUUAUCAAGAAAAUGACACAUACAAAUAUAAUAAUUUAUAAUAAUUAACGGUGUGCCCUGUAACAGUUGCAUUCGACAGAAGUAUGUUAUCUUAUUCACUGUACUACAUAAUUGUGUCUAGAUUAACCGGCUUCCUAUCUUUUAUAAAGGUACAUAAUUUACAAUGGCUCUCGAUGCAAUAGAUAAAAAACAAUGGCAUUCAAAAGGCGGACAAUUAAAUAAAUUUGUUAAAAAACGUAUACCUAUUACGGCAUGGUUACCAAAUUAUAAUUCCGAAAAAUUUUUGAACGAUGCUAUCGCUGGCAUUACCGUCGGGCUCACUGUUAUGCCGCAAGGUCUUGCUUAUGCCACUUUAGCCGGCUUAGAACCUCAGUAUGGUCUUUAUUCUGCAUUUAUGGGAGCUAUGGUAUAUAUAGUAUUUGGUUCAUGCAAGGAUAUCACAAUUGGACCCACAGCUCUUAUGGCAUUGAUGACUCAUGAAUAUGUCCAAGGUAGAAAUGCGGAUUUUGCAGUAUUGUUAGCAUUUUUGUGUGGUUGCUUACAAAUACUGAUGGCUUUCUUACGGCUAGGAGUACUUAUAGAUUUUAUAUCAAUACCAGUCACAGUUGGUUUUACUUCUGCAACAUCUGUUAUAAUUGUUGUUUCUCAGCUAAAGGGACUUCUAGGAUUAAAAAUCUCCUCUCAAGGGUUUUUAGAUACUUUAACAAAAGUGUUACAACACAUUCAUCAGAUUAGUUGGUGGGAUACUGGGAUGAGUUUCUCUUGUAUUACUAUUCUGUUAUUAUUUAGGAAAAUGAAAGACAUCAAGUUAUGUUCAAAUAACGAGAAACCAACUAAAUAUCAAAGGAUACUGAUAAAAAUGAUAUGGUUAUUAUCAACAGCUAGAAAUGCUGUCAUUGUUAUAAUCUGUUCUACCAUUGCUUAUAAAUUAAAUUCUACUGAAUAUGGUUCUCCAUUCAUCCUUACUGGUCCUGUAAGAUCUGGUCUUCCAUCUUUUGGAUUGCCUCCUUUUUCUACACAAGUAAAAAAUGAGACUUUAAGUUUCACUGAAAUGUGUUCAGAACUUGGUGCAUCUAUAGCAUUAGUACCUAUAAUUGGUGUCCUUGGGAAUGUAGCAAUAGCAAAGGCUUUUGCAAAUGGUGGUAAAGUAGAUGCCACUCAAGAGCUAAUUACUUUAGGAAUUUGUAAUGUUCUUGGAUCUUGCGCAAGUGCAAUGCCAGUUACUGGGUCCUUCAGUAGAUCUGCAGUGAAUCAUGCUAGUGGUGUAAAAACACCAAUGGGUGGUUUAUACACUGGAAUAUUAAUAUUGCUAGCUCUCAGCCUACUUACUCCUUACUUCUACUUUAUACCAAAGGCUUCCUUAUCGGCAGUUAUUAUAUGUGCAGUAAUAUAUAUGAUUGAAUAUCAAGUUGUAAAACUCAUAUGGAGAAGUAGCAAAAAAGAUCUGAUUCCAAUGUUUGUUACCUUCUUAUUCUGCUUAAUUAUUGGUGUCGAGUAUGGAAUCUUAUUAGGUGUGGGCACAAAUCUUAUGUUCUUAUUGUAUCCUUCUGCACGUCCUACAAUACAUGUUGAUAAGUGUAAAACUAACUCUGGGGCCGACUAUCUCUUAGUAACACCAGGGAAUAGUCUUUAUUUUCCAGCUGUAGACUUCAUUAAAAAGUCAGUUGGUAAUGCCGGUAUAAAGCAAGGUUCUUGUCAAGUUCCAGUUGUAGUUGACUGCAGAUAUAUCUUAGGAGCUGAUUUUACUGCUGCAAAAGGAAUAGCAACAUUGAUAAAUGAAUUUAACAAUCGAAAACAAGGUCUAUAUUUUUACAAUCCACGAUCGGAUGUUAUUGCUGUACUUAAAGGAGCUUGUGGAGAAGAUUUCCAAUAUAUUUCUACCCAGGAUGAAUUGUCGUACUUAUUAUCGACGCACCAGGAAAAAACAUCGCAACAACUGUUGGAAAUAACACGAGAUAAGUCGCACGAACCAUUAAUGUUAAGUAGUCCUGAAAUCAUUCACCGAAGUAGUCGUUCAUGCCAUGAGCUUAAUGAAGUUACAACUACAUUGUUACAUGCUACAGCUAGUUAAAUAGUAAAGAAUAUUUUCAACUUUUUAAACUUUGCUUUCAACUCUUUUUAAGAAGUGAAAUUCAAAUUGAUUAAAUAAGCAUUUUACUUUUGCACUUCAUUAGAGUAGUGGCAUACACAUCGCAGGACGUUGUUGGAUAAUUUUCAGUAUUAUUAAAUUAAAUUACAGAAAAUGAAAUGUUUGACGAUUUCAUGUUGACGAUACAUAAAUGAAGUAUGUUAUAUCUCUGCCUUUUUUACACUUGUUAUACCAAUAAGAAAUAAAUAAUAUAUUGCGUAAAUA